CUCUGCACUCAACCGAGCUGCCGUUUAUCCACCGACGGUGAAAUGGACAAGUAUUUGGUACCUGCUAAACCCUCGCCGGAAACCCAUAAGCCCAGUCGCAGGCGACAGCCGCCAUGGAAGAGGAGCUUGCUCGAAUUAACUGGGAAAUUGGAUCCCUCUUACCGUUUGGAUCUUCGCCCUCUUCUCAUGCAAUCAUACUCUCAGAUUCUCAAUGCUGCUCGCAAUUUUGGUAUAUUGCCUCCCAUCCGAUCUCGUGGAAUCUCUGGCUUGGAAUUUGACUCUAAGGGGAUAUAUUUAGCCUCAGUGAACAGAAAUGGUUGCUUGACAAUCCAUGACUUUGAAUCCCUUUAUUGUCAUGCUACUGAUGUGCUGCCAAAGAGACCAGGAUUGCCUUUGCAUGAAAGUAAGGUCGUAUUGCAUCUACAAUCGGGACGCCUACUUGAGGCUGUGCGAUGGAACUAUGCCAACCAAGACGAGGUUGCCUGUGCUUCUACGAGUACCAGUGAAGUACUAAUCUACGAUAUUGGUUAUGUCUCUUCUGAGCCAGCUCGGGUCUUGAGACCGAGGAGCAAUGCCACCCUUUCCGGUUCUCAGAUUCAUAAAGACAUUACUGAUAUAGCUUUUACAAAAAGUGAUCAGUCAAGGCUCUUUGGUUCUGAUACUAUGGGCAUUGUUAACAUUUGGGAUGCAAGGCAAAGUGUUUUCCCAUGUCUUGAGCUCUCAAACAAUGCUCAUUCUAGUCUCUUGAGUAUCCAACUACAUGCUGAUAAUCAGACAGUAUUUGCAGCUGGUAGGCUCGGAACGAUCUAUAUGUGGGAUCUUCGAGGAGGCAGGGAGUCUUCUGCUAUUCAACAUCACAGAGAGGCAUUGUCAUAUCAACCUGUAACUUCUUGGAAGAUAGACUCUAUGCUCAAGAAAAUUGGAUCCUUGAAGGCGCAAUCAAACAUUGUGGCUAGAGAAAUACACUCCAUUGAUAUGAACCCAAGUUGCCCAUAUCAGCUUGCCUUUCAUCUCGACAACGGUUGGUCAGGCAUUUUGGAUAUUCAGAAUUGUCAAGUAACGCAUGUCCAUUGCCCUCCUCCAGCCUGGGUGAGCGGAUCAGCUGAUGUAGCCAAUGAGUUGUAUUGUCGAAAACCAUCAUGGCUGCUGACAUACUCAAUAUAUGUGGUUGGAUCAUCGUCUGGGGAUGGGAUUCAUCUCUUAGACUUCUAUCCCAACUCCUCAUCCCCUUGCCAUGUCGAUUACAGUGAUGGAACAGAAGACAAGACUCAGCCCGGAUCGAAGAAGAGGCAAAAGCAGAACGGUUACAUUCAGCUGAACGAGGGCGUUACUGCCAUUGCUGCUCAUCCCCUCGAUGGUACUAUCAUAGCCGGAACUGAGAGAUAUUCCUUGCUCCUCAUUUCCCAAAGACGACGGUCCUUGGAUCCCAUAGAAGCUAAUGCAGAAUAUUAAGACAGUUAGAAUCAGUUUGACUUGUACAUGUACAAAUCUUAGAAACAGACAAAUCAGAAUCAAAGCCUUGAGUUUUGCAAAUUGCAUGUCGUUCUUCCAAACGUAAGAUACAUAAUCGAACUGUAACUCUGUAAGACUACCCUACUAAAAUAUACACAUUUUGAUCUGUAAGACUUAACAACUUGGAUCUGCAUCUCCUCCAAAAGAGUGGAAAACUGAUCCCAAUCUAUUAUCUAAAUACUCUGAGGUUGUAAUACUGCUUUUUGUUCUCGAACUCGAACUUCACUGGUGCCAAAAUUUCUCUGCCAAUAGUCAUCCUUAAACAAGUAUUCAUUCUCCCUACACUUCCUUCUCUUUUCCCCUGUCAACUCCCAGUUUCCUUGCUAAAAGAACAGAGGAUACAAAGAAGCCAUUACUUCAUGGAUCGCAUUGUUCUUCCUUCUCUGGACUUCCGACGCUGUUUUUUGUCGUCUGCGUACUGACUACUGAGAACUUGUGAAAAAGUUUCUGCCUUUACGUCAAAUUCGACGGCUAAUUAAGGGCGAACUAGAGAAAGAAUCACUUUCACUAUGUGGACUAGGCAAGAUAUGAGUAACCAUCUUGGAUUAAUCAUAACAUAAUAGAUUUACAUCCCUUCAGAAAACCCUAAAUCUAAACACUGGAAUUCGGAAUCCCAUCCGAAUCGCAUUAGGCAACAACCCCGAAACAACCAGACAUAGAAAAACCCAUUCGAACAAUCUACGCACUGUUUAAGCCCUCUCGCCUCGAAUCCUCCUGGCAAGCUGGAUAUCCUUGGGCAUGAUGGUGACCCUCUUGGCGUGGAUCGCGCAGAGGUUGGUGUCCUCGAACAGUCCGACCAAGUAUGCCUCAGCGGCCUCCUGGAGAGCCGACACGGCGCUGCUCUGGAACCUCAGAUCCGUCUUGAAAUCCUGCGCGAUUUCCCUCACCAGCCUCUGGAACGGAAGCUUACGGAUCAGAAGCUCGGUGCUCUUCUGGUACUUGCGGAUCUCCCUCAGGGCCACAGUUCCUGGCCUGAAUCUGUGAGGCUUCUUCACUCCUCCGGUCGCCGGGGCAGACUUGCGUGCCGCCUUGGUCGCCAGCUGCUUCCUCGGGGCCUUGCCGCCGGUGGACUUCCUCGCCGUCUGCUUGGUGCGGGCCAUUUUUUGAGGGGGAAUUGGAGAGAAGUUUGAGAUCUGGGUUUUGCGAGAGAGGAUUGAUGAAAGUGAACUGGUUUGAGAUGGAGGUUUUUGGAAAUGGCGGAUUUGGGCGAUAUAUAGGGAGGCGGUUUUCAGGGGAGACGGAGGAGGGA